UAUAACAAAUAAUUUGAGCAUAAUGGCGGAUGAUGAAAAGAAAGAAGCUGGAGAUAAGAACGAUCCUAGAAGACUUCACAGUUUCCCUCUUAUCAGACAUUCCGACAUGGCAGAGGAAAUGAGAACAGAAGCCAUGGAAUUGUGCGUGACUGCGUGUGAGAAGUUCGCUUCUAGCAACGAGGCAGCCUCGAAGAUGAUAAAGGAAAACAUGGAUAAGAAGUUUGGAAGCAGCUGGCAUGUCGUCGUCGGUGAGGGAUUCGGGUUCGAGCUGACCUACGAGACCAAGAAUUUAUUGUAUAUGUUCUUUGGAGGUAGCCUGGCUAUAGCUGUCUGGAAAUGCUCGUGAGGGCUGAACGGGAACCGAUACUAGUACUGUUAAUAUGAUGACCGGCAAAUUUUAUGUUUUUGUUUAGACCUGCCCCUUGUAAAGUUUUACUGUAUAUAGUCAUAUCCUCGUACCAGACACUUAAUGUAUGUGUAUUGUAAAUUAUGCUUCAUGGAAAUGCUGCAAACUAUUUGCAGCAAUAAUGUUUUUCAGAUUUUACAUUCUAGUUAUGACUACGGUAAAAUGUUGGACUACUUUUUCCACAUGUUAAAUGGUGGUUUUAUCCUACUGACCUUAAAUUCUUCAGCAUAUCCGACCAAUUUUUGACUAUGACUUGACCUAUAAUAUAGAAGAUGUAAUUUUGUAAUUAUUUUUGUUAUCCUAAUGACCUCAAAUUAUUUGGCAUUUUCAAUCAAUUUUUGAUAAUGACUUGACCUAUAAUAAGAUAGCAUUUUUGUAAUCAUUCCGAUACGAAACAAAACAAUUUCAAUACCUAUUGUU